AUGUAUCGUCAAAUCCUAGUGAGUGACGCCGACCACCUCUUCCAGCGGAUUCUGUGGCGUUUUGAUCCCCGCGAAGCAGUGCGAGAGUACGUCUUGUCAACGGUGGUCUAUGGACUAAGUUGUAGCCCAUACUUGGCUAUUCGCGUGUUGCGUCAGCUUGCUAGGGACGAAGGAGCGCGUUACCCGUUAGCAGCCCGUCUCCUAGAUUGCCAAACCUACAUCGACGACAUUAUCGGAGGAACAGACUCGUUGGAGGAAGCCCGUGAGUUGAGGGAUCAAUUAGUAUCGCUGCUAAAGCUGGGUGGUUUCGAGUUGCGCAAAUGGGCGAGCAACUCCCCCGAGUUAUUGAGUUCACUCCCCGCUUCACAUCAUCAACCCGUUUCCCUAUGCGGAGACGACAAUCCCAGUUUAAAGGUGUUGGGAUUGCAGUGGUGUCCCUUACGGGAUGUGUUCUCCUACCGCAUCCAAGUAGCGGAUAGGACGUGCACAAAAAGGAAUAUUUUGUCGCAACUGGACAGUCUUUCCCUCGUCGGGUACUGCCUAGCAAUGGCGUCCAGGUGGAGACGCACGGAUUUUGUGACGCUUCGGAGCGCGGAUACGGUGCAGCCGGAAUCGGGUAGCGCCUUUGAAGCGAGUGUCGAUCCCCGUCUGGAGUUGUGCUCAGCGUUGCUGCUCGCCCAACUCGUAGAUUUCGUCCGAUCCACUAUAGCCUCUGAGUUGACUAUCACGAGAGUAUUCGCCUGGAGUGACUCCAAAAUUGCGUUGUCUUGGAUAAAGUCCUCCCCCCACAGAUGGAAAACUUUUGUGGCCAAUCGCGUGUCCCUCAUUCAGGACAUCAUUUCCCCCAGUUCCUGGCAUCACGUCGCCGGUUCAUCCAACCCUGCUGACUGCGCAUCCCGAGGGCUUUUCCCCGAGCAAAUAUUAAUCCACCCCUCUUGGUUCUGUGGUCCCCCUUGGUUACGUCUUCCGGUGGAAGAGUGGCCCACCUUCGACUUCACCCCCGGAGACGAUCUGGAACUGGAACGUAAACCAGUGUUGACUUGUGUGUCCACCCCUUUAGUUGACUCGCUCAGAGAACUGUUAACCCGUUUCUCGUCGUUACGAAAAAUUGAGAGGAUGCGGGCUUAUUGUUACACGUACCACGCCCGCACAUUGCUCACAGGAUACGGCCAACGUGAGGUGUUCGCCGGUUUGAUGAAGUGUCUUCGAAACGGUAAACUGUGCCCCAAACCUUUACGCUCCCUAGCGCCCUUUAUCGACGAGCACGGUCUCAUUCGAGUCGGUGGCAGACUCCGAGGUUCUGCGCUGUCUUUCGACGCAAAACAUCCUCUUCUACUACCUCGAGACCAUCGCUUUACCGAACUCGUUAUCGAAAAGUUCCAUAAGGAAAAUUGCCACCCGGGCCCCCAAUCGUUGUUGUACCAGAUUUCACAACAAUUCUGGAUUUUGUCCGCCCGCAGAGCAAUUCGCCACACCCUAUCGCAGUGUUACCGAUGCUUCCGUGUCCAACCUUCUUGUGUACAGCCAUUCAUGGCUGAUUUAUCCCCCGUUCGUGUAUCGCAAGUCAAGCCAUUCGCGCAUACCGGUGUCGAUUUCGCCGAUCCAAUUUCCAUUACCCUUGCGCGAAGGCGUGGCGCUAAGACUCAGAAAGCUUACAUUUGCCUAUUCGUUUGCAUGGCUACCAAAACCAUCCAUUUGGAAUUGGCUUCUGAACUCAGCUCCGACGCAUUCUUGGCCGCUUUUCGGCGCUUUGUCGCUCGCCGCGGGCGUUGCACUGACAUGUAUAGUGAUCAGGGUAGAAAUUUUGUCGGUGCUAACCGGUUGUUGGUACAGUAUUGCCAGCAGUCCGCCGACCAGUGUGAGGUGCGCUGGCACUUCAACCCACCCUCCAGUCCUCACUUUGGAGGUCUUUGGGAGGCCGGCGUCAAGUCGGUAAAGAUCCAUUUGUUUCGUGUGAUAGGCUCUCAAAUCCUGACUUUCGAGGAAAUGUCGACAGUGUUAACUCAGGUGGAAUCCAUACUGAAUUCCCGCCCAUUAUGUAGUUUGAGUUCCAACCCAAACGAUUUGCAUAGCCUUACUCCUGGGCAUUUUCUGACCCUGGAGCCCCUAUCUGCCCCUCCCGACGACCCUUUAGCUAAUCUGAACACUAACAGACUCACUCGUUGGCAGCUCGUGCAGCAGUUGCAUCAGCACUUCUGGGACAGAUGGCAUCAGGAAUACCUCCACCAGCUGCAGUAA